GUGCCACGUCAGAGCUGUGAAACUCCUCUUCAGUGCUGCUCCUGUUUGUGCAUCUUCUGGUUGCUCUCAUCAUGGUUUACCUGGGACUUAGCUGUUUUCUGCUGCAUGUGUUCGUGGUGUUUGGGACGGAGCUCACGUUCGAGCUCCCUGACAACGAUAAGCAAUGUUUCUACGAGGAACUAGAGAAAGACGUGAAGUUUGAUAUAGACUUCCAAGUCAUUGCAGGAGGCAACUAUGAUGUGGACAGCUUUGUCACGGAUCCUCUGAACAAUGUCCUGUACAAUGAGCAGAAGAAGCAGUAUGACAGCUUCUCUCACACCACUGCUAUGAAGGGAGUCUACAAGGUCUGCUUCAGCAAUGAGUUCUCCACAUUUACGGAUAAAACCGUGUACCUGGACUUCCGCCAUGGAGAUGAGGAACCUCUCAUUCAGACCAUGACUGGACCUGUAGCAUUGACUCAGUCAAAUCUUAAAAUCAAUUCUAAAACGGUAAACAUGGCGGGUUACCUGAAAGCCCUGAGGACCGUGUCCAGAAGUACAGCCGCUUCCAUGACUCUAAACCCCGCAGUGCUCUCACCGGCUGUCGGCUGCCGUCACAGGCUCCAACAGAGGAACUAUGCCACACAGCGCAUCAAGGUGGAGCAGCCGGUGGUGGAGAUGGACGGAGAUGAGAUGACUCGCAUCAUAUGGGAAUUCAUCAAAGAAAGGCUGAUCCUGCCCAACGUGGAUGUUGAGCUGAAGUACUUCGACCUGGGUCUGCCCUACCGCGACCAGACAGACGACCAGGUCACCAUCGACUCUGCUCUGGCAACUAAGAAAUACAACGUGGCUGUCAAGUGUGCCACCAUCACUCCCGACGAGGCCCGAGUUGAGGAGUUUAAGCUAAAGGAGAUGUGGAAAAGUCCCAAUGGAACAAUCAGGAACAUCCUGGAUGGCACCGUUUUCCGGGAGCCAAUUAUUUGUAAAAACAUCCCACGUCUUGUCCCUGGAUGGACACAAGGCAUAACAAUCGGCAGACAUGCUUUUGGCGAUCAGUACAGGGCCACAGACUUUGUUGUUGACCGGCCUGGCAAGUUCAAGAUGGUGUUUGCCCCCGCCGAUGGAAGCCAGCAGAGGGAGUGGGAGGUGUACGACUUCCCUGCAGGCGGCUGUGGGAUGGGGAUGUACAACACGGAUGAGUCCAUCAGUGGAUUUGCUCACAGCUGCUUCCAGUAUGCCAUCCAGAAAAGGUGGCCUCUAUACAUGAGCACCAAGAACACCAUCCUCAAGUACUACGACGGGCGCUUCAAAGACAUUUUCCAGGACAUCUUUGAGAAGACAUACAAGCCAGAGUUUGACAAGCUGAAGAUCUGGUACGAGCACCGUCUGAUCGACGACAUGGUGGCGCAGGUCCUGAAGUCUGCUGGAGGAUUCGUUUGGGCCUGCAAGAAUUACGAUGGAGACGUGCAGUCAGACAUUCUGGCUCAGGGUUUUGGUUCUCUGGGUCUCAUGACAUCAGUGCUGAUUUGCCCUGACGGAAAGACUCUGGAGGCCGAGGCUGCCCAUGGCACCGUCACCAGGCACUACCGGGAACACCAGAGGGGAAGACCAACGAGUACUAACCCCAUCGCGAGCAUCUUUGCUUGGACCAGAGGACUGGAGCACAGAGGCAAACUGGACGGAAAUACUGAUUUGAUAAAGUUCUGCCACACGUUAGAACAGGUCUGUGUUGCUACUGUGGAGAAAGGCGUGAUGACCAAAGACCUCGCCAGUUGCAUUCAUGGAUUGGCAAACUGCAAGCUGAAUGAACAUUAUGUCAACACAUCGGACUUCCUGGAUGCCAUUAAGACCAACUUGGACAAAGCUCUGUGGAAAUGAAGAUUUGGGGGAUUGGACCACCCUGUUUUGAAGGAACCAAGUUUACUACCUUCCGUGCCAUUUUUGUUUUUGUAAAGCUGACUGACACACACUGUGCUCGUUCCUCUGCCACCUUACAGUUUUGUAUUGCAAGUAAUUGUACUGUUUGAAUUAAUAUUGAUGUUAACUUAUAACAGCCAUGUCAAACACAUGUCAAUUUCAAUAUACAAUCAAGGACAGUGAUGCCAUGUUUUGCUCAGCAUGCAAAUAAAAAGGAUUGUGAUAAUCACUCUAA